AUGCAUCACCUACUAUCCUCUAUCCCUAUACAUGACAUAUCCUCUACGACGCUAGGAAUCUCAGUAGUUCUCUGUGGGAUUCUCACAUAUACAGUCGCUAAAAUGUUCGGUUUCGGGUCUCGGAAUGAGUUCCCUGUCGAGGGCAGAACUGUUGUUAUUACCGGCGGUUCAGAUGGAAUGGGCAAGGCCGUUGCCUGCCAGCUCUCAGAGAAAGGCGCAAAUGUCGUGAUAGUUGCACGUACACUCAAGAAGCUCCAGGUUUCUAUUGAAGGCGUCAAGGCUUUGGCUGCAAACCCAGUCAAGCAGAAAUUCCACUACAUCAGUGCCGAUCUCACUGACCCUGCGGAGUGUGAGCGAGUUAUUAACGAAGUCACCGAGUGGAAUAAUGGAAUUCCCCCUGACGUUGUUUGGUGCUGCGCGGGAUACUGCAACCCUGGAUACUUCAUCGACACGCCGGUUCAGACAUUGAAGGACCAAAUGGAUACGGUGUACUGGACUGCCGCAAAUACCGCUCAUGCGACAUUGAGAAAGUGGCUUGUCCCGGUUAGACCAAGCCAGCAAACCCCAACACCGCGGAGACACCUCAUCUUUACUUGCUCUACUCUCGCUUUCGUCCCAAUUGCCGGCUAUGGCCCAUACUCCCCAGCGAAGGCCGCGAUUCGCUCCUUGUCCGAUACUUUGAGUCAGGAAGUCGAAAUGUAUAAUGGCUCUCGUAUUUCUAAAACGCGCCACGAAGCCCCAGCCGCCGAUGUUAAGAUCCAUACCGUUUUCCCAAUGGGUAUUCUGAGCCCAGGAUUCGAUAACGAGCAGAAGAUGAAGCCGGAAUUGACCAAGAAGUUGGAGGAGGCUGAUAAGCCACAAUCACCAAAUGAGGUUGCUAAGAUUUCCAUCAAAGCUCUGGAACGAGGCGAUUAUCUCAUAACUACCAUGUUCGUGGGCCACGUUAUGAAAGGCACUGCCCUUGGACCGAGCCCUAGGAACUCCAUGGUCCUUGAUACCUUGACCAGCUGGUUUAGUAACUUGGUCUUUUUGCACAUCAUUCCCGAUCUUCGAAAGACGGCGCGGAACUGGGGUUUCAAGAACGGUCCUCCAGCACCACCCUCAUAG